CUUCGUCAUUACAGGGAUGUAAUUUCUGCGGAAUAUAACCGGACGUUGAUAUGAUUUUAGUUUUUCUAAUCUGAUGUUACUGACAAAUGUUCACUGCCACCUCGACAGACCUGAACAGAAUGUUGUCCUCGUGAAGGGAGAUUAUCAGUAUUAUCAUUAUGGCUGCGAUGGUGUUAAUGACACGGGAUGGGGAUGUGGCUAUCGGACACUCCAGUCUCUAUGUUCUUGGAUUACUCACCAGAAAUCGAGUCGAGCCGUUCCAAGCAUCAAAGAAAUCCAAGAAGCAUUAGUAGAGAUGGGAGAUAAACCUGCGAGUUUUCUUGGAUCAAAGCAGUGGAUUGGAAGUUUAGAAGUUGCCAUGUGUUUAGAUUACUUUUAUGAUGUUCCUGGGAAAAUCCUACAUGUCACAGAUGGUUAUUCUUUGUCAAAUCAUCUUGAGGAACUAGAUCGGCAUUUUCAAAACUUUGGGUCACCAAUAAUGAUGGGUGGUGAUGAUGAUAACUCCUCCAAAGGUAUAUUUGGAGCCAGUAGAGCAUCUGAAGCCUUAUUAGUAUUGGAUCCUCAUUUUUAUGGCGAAUCUGUGACAGAAGAAAAACUAAUAAAGAAUGGGUGGAUAAAAUGGAAAUCUUUAGAAUCUUUCAAAGGAAAAUCUUUUUAUAAUUUGUGUCUACCACAAUUAAAAUCAAAUGAACUACAGUAAUAACAAUAAAGACUUUUUGAACUGUUA